CGGGGUGGGGGGCGGGGUGGGCGCCGGCGCCGCGAUGCUGGGCGUCGUGGAGCUGCUGCUGCUGGGGGCAGCAUGGCUGGCGGGCCCGGCCCUCGGGCAGAAUGAGACGGAGCCCAUCGUGCUGGAGGGCAAGUGCCUGGUGGUUUGCGACUCCAACCCUACGUCCGAUCCCACGGGCACAGCUCUGGGCAUCUCUGUGCGCUCCGGCAGCGCUAAGGUCGCUUUCUCUGCCAUCAGAAGCACCAACCACGAGCCGUCCGAGAUGAGUAAUCGCACCAUGAUCAUCUACUUCGACCAGGUACUAGUGAACAUCGGGAACAACUUUGAUUCAGAACGCAGCACUUUCAUCGCCCCGCGCAAAGGGAUCUACAGUUUUAACUUCCACGUGGUAAAAGUCUACAACAGACAGACCAUCCAGGUGAGCCUCAUGUUAAACGGGUGGCCGGUGAUUUCAGCCUUCGCUGGUGACCAGGACGUGACCCGGGAAGCCGCCAGCAACGGAGUUCUAAUCCAGAUGGAGAAAGGCGACCGAGCAUACCUCAAGCUGGAGCGAGGAAACUUGAUGGGGGGCUGGAAGUACUCGACCUUCUCGGGAUUCCUCGUAUUUCCCCUCUGACUGGCUCAUCGCGGGAAUGGAGGCAGGGAGAGGGCGAAGGCAGGAGGGGAAAAUGAUAAAGAGGCAGAACUUUAGAGGACGAGAAAGCAGCACGACUUCAAACUUCCUACAUGUUCCGCAGCUGUAUCCGGGUAAAAGGUGCGCACCCGGCGGUCGGACAACUUUGUCCGUUUCCUCUAGGAGAAGUAAAUUCCGCUUAGCUCUGCGCACUCCCAUUUCCAAAAAUAAACUCGCCUCCCGCAUUCCAGUGGCAGUAAUCAAGAGAGACUCCUUGUCAUUGUUUCUUACCCUCAUGUUCACGUUCCCUACAAUUUAUGUAAAAGAAACUUUGCAUUUCACUGUAUAAUGUGAAAUAUCUUCCUCCUCUGAGUCGCCAUCUGAAUCUUUACACCCGCUGAAAUCUAAUAUGUCCCUCCCCCCUUUUUUAUUUUGGAGAGGGGGGAAGGUGUUUUUUGGUUUUUUUGUUUGUUUUUGUUUUUCUGUUUUUGUUUUUGUUUUUUUGAUGGGGAGGUAGUUUUAAUUUGGCAAGUAUUGCUCGGAAAACACCCGCUCGAAUUAAUUAGCUGAAGAUACUUUGUAUCCUCGGCUGCUUGUUAGCAGAGAAAGAACUCACCUUAGCGGUGACUGGUUAAAAAAAAAAAAAUAUAUAUAUAUAAAUAUAUAUCAUUUGUACACGAAGAACUCUUCCCAGUGGAAACUGGCUGUAUUUCCGUAUUUCUAUGUCCUAUUCGGAGUGAUCGUGAAAUCUAAGGCUGCUUGAUGUUCUGAUGCUUGUUAAUGCCCUCGUGUCCUGUAGCUCCACUAAACGCCAGGAGGUUCUUCCGGACGCUUCCUCGUCCUCUGUAACAUACCUGUGAAUAGCCAAGAUUUAAUUUUGCUUUAAUCCAAUAAAGUUGAAGUGGGACUUUUA